AUGGCAAAUCUUAAUGGAGCUUUCGGUAUCGUAUUAAGUAUCAUAAUUUUAUGUUAUAUCUCCACUCAAGUAAACAGCGAUUUUGAAUUCACAAAUAUAGAAUGCAAUCUUUCUGAUGAAUUUAGCAAAAUUGAAACGUGUUUUUUGAAAUCUAUUAAUCGCACAUACAAAUAUGCUAGCCUGAAGAUACAACUGUUGAAACCUAUAAACAAAUUUUGGGCUCACGUGAUUUUCAUGAAACUAUUAACAUUCAUUAACAAAUUGAUUUCUUUUCUUUUCUUUGUGGAAAAGGUUCCCAUUAGUUAUCUCAAUCAUAAACUCACCAAAGUUCUGCCUAUACCUAGUGGUGAUUAUAAGAUUGUCUCCCAUUGGUUAAUGGACAAUUUUCGUGCUAUGGAUGUCAAUGUUUAUUUUAGAAUUUAA